AUGGCAGCAGCAGCACCCACCCCCGGCAGCGCAGCAGCUCUACUGCCGCACCUCUUCCCGGAGCGGAAGCCCAUCACCCCGGCACAGAUCGCGGCCGGCGUGGAAGCGGCGCUGGUGGUCCAGAGACGGGCCGUGACAUUUGGCAAGCGUCCCUUUGCCGCCGUCCUGCUCGGCCCGGACAAUGAAACGGUCCUCUUGACCCACCAGAGUAUCGACCAGGUCAAUCAUGCCGAGAGCUCUCUUGCCCGCCUCGCCUAUACCCACUAUACCAAGGAGUUUCUCUGGCAGUGCACCCUCGUCAGCACCUGGGAGCCCUGUGGCAUGUGCACAGCUACAAUUUACUGGGCUCAUAUUGGCCGCAUCAUCUUUGCCGGUACCAAUGAUCAGCUAUACGAGUUGACCGGUCCAGGAAACAAGGAGAAUUUUACGAUGGACUGGCACACCAAGGAUUUCCUAAAGGGUUGCCCACAGAAAGAUGUAGAGGUAAUUGGACCAUUGGAGGCAGAGGGCAAAAUUGUCAUGGAGGAGAGCGACAAGUAUUGGAGUACGACGAGAAUCGCUUCGCUAUGA